AUGGCACAAGAACCACCAAGUUUCGAUAACAUCAAUGAUGAAUUGGAAUAUUACAAGAGACAUGCCGAGGACUUGGAAUUGGAUUUAGCAGAUACAAAAUAUGCUUUGGAGGAAUUUCAGCUCUCUUCAAAAGAGCUGGAAGAAGAGCUCGAAAAGGAGAUUGAUGCGACCGAGCGAAGAUACAAUGAUAUCAAGAUUCGCAACGAGUUUGUGAGACAAGAGGCCGAUGAAUGGAAGGAAAAAUACCAUCAGGCCUUAAAGGAUUCGAACGCAAACAUUAAUCGUAUGACACGUGAGCUCGAAACUCUUAGACAGCAGACAGAGAUGUUCAUUAAAAAAGAACGGGAACUAGAGCAGAAUAACGACGACCUAGAACGCACUGGAAGAGCUACACAAUGGUCACUACAAGAGAUGGAAAGAAAGUAUAACGUGGCACUGGAAAAGCAAGUGAUGCUCGAAAACGAGGUGGCUGCCAAAGCUGCUUUGACAGAAGAAGUGCAACGGCUUAAGGAUGAACUGAGAGAUGCAAAUGAAGAACUUGCAAUUAUGAAAUCGAACCAGGCACCCCUACACUCACCAACCGGUAGUGUGAGCUCACUUAGUGGAAGCACAUCCUCGCUGGCCAAUGCACCUGAUCAUGAGAAGCAACAGCAACGCAAGUCAUCUGUCAUUGGAAGCAAUGAAGCUAUGCCCGCUCUCCGUGCAAGGUUGGCAAAGAGCGCAGCAGCCGCACAGCGGUCUGAAAGCAGAGUCCGUUCAGAAAGCAGGGUGCGUACGGAGGGUAUGCGUGCAGAGAGCAGAGUGCGUGCGGAGAGCAGAGUGCGUGCAGAAAGCAGAGUGCGUCCAGCAUUAGGAGGAAGGGAAGGACCAGGGGCAGGGGCAGGGUUGUCCCCUCCUUACCAAAAUCCUGUCGAGAUGGUUAAAGAAAUGGUCGGACGCGUCAAGUCAUUGGAGGCUCGUUUGGUCAAUUGUCGAUCACUUGUCACACCAUUACUUCAACCUCCUCCCUCAUACUCGACUGCCAACGCAACGAUGUCGUCUCCUCGAUCCUCUUCACAUUCUGGUCAAGCAGGAUCCCGGUCUAGUUCACCAAACAAAGUGCCUUUGGUUAGUCCUACAAGCAAAGGCGGACGACGUACUUCUUUGAUGCACCAAUCUCAACAACAUCGUCCCUUGAGCGGUUCUGCAUAUUAA